GAUCUCGACAUCGACCGCCGCAAAUGUCACCGGGUCGUUCCUAUGAAAGUGCUCUGUCUGAGCAUGGGCCGCACCGGCACAGCGUCGAUGAAAGUAGCGCUGGAGAUCCUAGGAUACCCAACCUCGCACGGCUUUGACAUGCACGAGAAUCCCAAUGACGCAGACCUGUGGAUGGAGGCCAUAGAUGGGAAGUGGUACGGCAAAAAACCCGUGAAUCUGAACGCCGACUUCUGGGACAUGCAGCUCGGCCACGUCUCAGCCAUCACCGACUUCCCUGCCAACAUGUUCGGUCCCGAGCUCAUCGCCGCGUACCCGGACACCAAAGUCAUUCUCACCGAGCGGGACGUCGACAAAUGGUAUCCGUCCUUCGACCAGGCCCUGAUCAAAUCCAGUGAGCUUCCCAUUGUUAGCAGCAUCUUUGGGCAGCUCGAUCCAGUCGUGAAGAAACUAGCGCCUCUUGUCACGAAGGGUAUGAUGAGAGGGCAGUUCGGGGCGGGCAACGCAGUGGAGUGGCGACGGAAUGCAAAGCCCACCUACACGGAGCAUUACGCUUCAAUCCGUAGACUGUUGGCGGAUCAGCCAGAGCGGUUGCUCAACUUCGAGCUGGAGGAGGGAUGGGGACCGCUGUGUGAGUUCUUGGGACAGCCAGCGCCGGACGUCAAGUUUCCGAGGGUGAAUGAG